CAAUUCCAUAGUAAAAGAUUUAGCAAAAUGGCUGUUUGUUGAGAGUUGAGGAGGAGCAAGGACAAAUUGAAAUCUGAAACAAAGGCGAUAAUCUAUUGAUAAUUAGACAUUACUUCUUUUUAAAUUAAUGAGUAUAUAUUCCUUUACUUUGCAUGGUGUUAAAUCUGAGUUUAAAGUUGUUUUGGUCUUAUUAAGAUCUACUUAACGCUGGUUGACGUUAAGAGACUCGAGAGGGAACAGGACUUUUAUGUGUGUGUAGUGUACUAAGUGUAUAAACGUCAACAACCAACAGGAAGACCCGAACAAGAUAAACAGCUGAUUUGGUUGUACUUUUACGAAAGACUUUCAAUGUGAGGGUAAAAAACAGCUUCAAGAGUGAUAACUGUUUAUAAACCUCCAUUGUUACUUUAAAAUGUCCGACAGACGUGAAAAGAUUGGGUUGCGCCUUAUACAUCCUGUUAAUGGCAACAGUAAAGAAUUUUUCUUCACACCAAAUGACUCUGCAACAGAUGUAGUGAACCAUGUAUUUGACAACUGGCCUCAAGAAUGGGAGGCUGACAGAGUAAGCUCAGCGGCUAUACUGCGGCUUAUCUAUCAAGGUAGAUUUAUUCAUGGGAAUGUAACAUUAGGAGCUUUACAAUUGCCUAUUGGAAAAACCACUGUUAUGCAUAUAUUGGCAAGAGAAACAUUACCAGAACCGAAUUCACAAGGUCCAAGAAAUCGUGGCAAGACAGAAGAGAGCAACUGUUGUGUGCUUUUGUAAAGUUAAUAUUAUGUCCACCAAGAAUAUACUGGGCAAUAGAGGGCACCUGUAAUGAUGAGCCAUUGGAUAUCAGGUUUCAUCGACGUAAUACCUAGACUACUUGCAGUACAUUACAUAUUCAGGACACAACCGCCGUUCAUGUUGCAUCUGCACGCCAGUGACGUCUUAUUAUUUUUUGGUCUUUUUUUAAACAUAUUUGUAAAUAGUACCUAUUUUGUCAACUAUUUCAUUUCAGAUAUAUAAUUGAGGUUUUGAGCUUGUAUAAGGAAUACUAUAUUAUUAUUAUUAUUAUUAUUAUUGUUAUUAUUAUUAUUUAUUAGUAUUAUUUUUCAAUUUAUAUAAAAAAUCUGAGGUUAAAGUGAUGUCUACAUAAUUAAGAUUAUGAAAACUACUAAUGGAUUCUUCCUUCAUCAUCAUGCAAGUUUAAUAAAUUAAUUUUUAAUUUGUCUCUAGAGGUGGGAUGAAUUAUUUGAUAAAAGUGUGUAACAUUUGCAUCAGAUCUACUAUGAAAUUUUUCAUUUGAUAGCAAAAUCAAAUGAAUCGGAUCUUUAUACAAAGCAUUAGUCUGUUGAACCCUAUCUGCUUGACUUGAAUUUGUUCAGCAUUUUGGCAGUAUAAUUAUGGCUGUGUAUCACUAGACUAAAGCUCUGUCUACACGGUCAAAUUUUAUGCGACAAAUUUGUGUGAUGUGCCCAUAUAUGGGCAUGGUGAUGUCAUAUUUAAUUACACACUGAAGCUCUGUUCACACUAUCAAAUUUUAUGUGACAAAUAACUGAUAUGUCCCUUAUUGGUGUAAUAUGGCAUCAUCAUGCACAUAUAUGGACAUACCACAUUCACAUAAAUUUGUCACAAAAUGUGAAAGUGUGGACAGACCUUACUAUGGGCUAUAUCACAGUUAUUUGUCACAAACUUUGAUAGUGUGGACAAAGCUUUAAACUCUGUUCAUACUAUCAGGUUUUCUGUGACAAAUGAUGUGAUUUUCAUCAUAGAUUGACAUGAUAAUAGAUGGCCAUGAUAAUGUCACAUCACACCAUGAUGAUGUCAUAUACUGAUAGCAUUAUGAGCAUGGCGAUGUAAUGUCGUAUACAUAUAGAGGAUGCCAUAUAUAUAUAUAUAUAUAUAUAUAUUGAUGAUGCCAUAUCGUACCCACAUUAGGGGAUAUCACAGUUUCACAAUGUGAACAGAUCUUUAGUUUAUAUGCAUCUUGUUCAUGUUACAUAUAUUGAAUGAUUUAUACUCUAGUGGAAGUUUUUUAUGAGUUGAUCCAAUUUGUCUGAAUAUUGUGGGGGUUUUUAUGGAUGGAUUAAUUAUAGUAUUCUAUGUAAAUUCUUUGGUUGAGUAAAGUGUUUAUACAAAACAGGUCUCCCUUUUGAUUGUUAGCCUGUUUACCCCCAUGUGAGAAUGGUCGGUACCCCCUGUUAUGUAGAUAUCAAUGUACAAUUAUAUAAAAAGGGAUUUUGAUCACUAAAUGCAAUGAAUGUGUGCGCUAAAAUAAUUAUUUUUGUUAAAAAUAUUAAAUAUUAAUAAUUAUUUGCUAUAUAAUUAAUAAUUAUUAAUAUUGUUUAUUAUUAUUAUUUUUAUUAUUAUUAUUGUUAUUGUUAUUAUUAAUGUUGUUAUUAAUAGAAUUGGUGACUAUAUUGUAUGGGGAAAGGCAUUGCAGCAUUUUGUUAACUUCUCCUGUCGACUGGCUUCUGCAUUCCCUCCUCACUUUUCUUGAUGCUUUGUCAAAUCUUGUGUUCCUAAAUGCUGAGAUAGAUUUAAAUAAAUCUGGUCACUGGCCUUUAGAAUACUCCCUAAUUUUAUGGGUAUUUUAAAUUAUGUAAAAUGUCUGUAUUAAGUUAAGUGUAAACAAAAUAUAAAGCAUUUAUUUCCUUUAAAUUAAAUGAAUUAUUAUUGAAAACUGAAGAAUAUCUUUGUAGGUUUAUUAUGUGCACAGUUGUGGGAGAAACAUCUAAAAUGUUGGGAACAUGAAUUAUUUAGUAAACAGUGAGCAUUCAGCAAUCUUUUAAUAAGACUGAAAGAGAUAAUAUGCAUUUAUUAAUUCUAUGAAUAUUUGUGAGUAUUUAAUACAUGGAGAAACCAGUGACAAUUUUAUGUAAGUAGUUACAUUCAUGAAUGUUAUAAUUAUGCAUGCAUUAAUUUUAUGAAUACUGUAUUCAAUGCAAUUUUCCAAGAGAAAUCUUUGAAUGUCAUGUAAGAAAAAGCAUUUAUGAAUGUUAUGAUUAUUGCAUACAUUUUAUAUUCUAUGAAUAUUCAUAUUCAUGAAUAUGAAUGAGAUGUCUUGUUUACACAUCAUGUCUUAAUAUAUUCAUAAAUAUUAAUGAGAUUUCUGUUUACACAUCAAAUGAAAGUAAAUGAUCUUGCAGGCCUGAAGCUAAACCAUUAUUGGGUGAAAAUGUCUCUAUAGCUAGCUCUGACGACUUCUUUAUGUUCACAUUAUUUGUUUUUCGCAAAGCAUCAAUAUUCAUGUCGCUUAUUAAUUGAGCCACCCCAACAACUAAAUUAGAAGUGUCUCUGUCAAUGUUUAAUAAAUAAUACUUUGAUACUGUUGUAGAUAGAUAGGACAUAUUUAAUGGAUUUGUGUCCAAACUGAAGUGAGACGAAAAUAACCUCUGACCUCAAAAUGAUUUAUGAUCUUGAAAGGUAUUGUACUGUAUAUAAUAAUUGAGGUUCAUAUGCUGUAUGAUAAUACAUAUUCCCAUGUUGAGGGCGCUAUACUCUCUACUGUUGCUUCUUACACCUUUGUAUCAUAGUACAAAAUACCUUUUCCUUAAUGUUAAAAAAAAAAAUAUGUUUUUUAAGGCAAGAAUUGUAAAAUUGAUGGACUGCAAUGUCUUAAAGUAAAUAUAGGCGGUGUAGCAUGAAAAAUAUCCUCAGUAAAACAUCUGGGUUCUUACUCUUUUUCAUAUAAAAAAAAUGUAAAAGUUAACAAAGAAAAGGCAUUGUUGAUUUUCUGGAGUGCAAGGUGUAAUAGUAUUGUUUGUACAAAAAAAAACUUGAUAUAGGUUUAAGGAUUAAAUUUUAUAUGUUAUGAACGUGUGCGAUACAAAUGGAAAUUACAUCCUUUUUUUUCACGCAUUCAUGUCUAUGGACCCAAUACUGAAAACAGAAUACUUAAAAUGCUUUAACUGUACUGUUGUAUAGUAAGAAUUCAUGCAGUUUCAAUUGUAAACUGAAUAUUCAAAAGGUAGCACUGGUUAACAGUUAAGUGUUUCAUAUAUGGAUACAAUAGACCAUAUACUUGGGGUCCAUAUAUGCGCUUGUGUACAAUGGACCCCUGAGUCUGUAUCCUGUGGGGUAGUCCAGCUAAUAAGAUUAUUAUUAUUUUCAUUAUUGGUUCUUUUCAAGUGGUUAAACACUAAUACAGUAGAACCCCCUCCUUUGGGACACCCCACCAUCCAUUAAGGGGGCAUCCCUAUUAUGGGGACAUUUUUGGCCAGGAAAUGAAGUAAACUAUAUUUGACACUACGGCCGACCCCUAUUCUGGGGACACACCUAUUAAGGGGACACUUAUUUUGGUCCAAAAGGUGUCCCAUUUAUAGGGAUUCUACUGUAUUUUCUACACAUCUAUUUUCCAAUUCCAUAGCUCUCAUUCUGCAUAAUACUUACUCAUUUCAUAUCCUACCCAUAACCAAUUCCGUACCCAUUGAUCCUCACAGUUCUCGCGUUUCAUUGUACUGUAUGUAUUUCAUUCUUUAAUACUCUAAUAACCUACUCAACACUGUUUUGAUUUUUGUAUCCAUUCCUGUUUUUCCUUACAUUUCUUUCUUCCCAAUAUCAUCCCAUAUUCGAGUUCAUCAUCUACCUCAUCUCCUUUUAUCUAUUUUACUCCCUUACUAAAUGCAUAACCUAUGUAUCCUACUCUCAUGUAUAUUUUUCUAAUCUUAUGGGCUGAUCCAAUUAAUUUUAUUUUACCAGAACUACCCCAUUAUGUUAACACCCAAAUCUAUUAGUGGGCAUUAGCUAGAGGGAAUUCAACAUUUAUCUCUAUGUUUUAAUGUACAGCAGGCAUUGGUGUUACAUCUCAGUGUCUCACGAGAUAGGCCUAAGCAUACCAUUGGAGAUAAAGAGAUUCCUUAUUAAUGGUUGUGCUGACGAUGUUGAUUUUUAUCUACAGGGAUUUGUUUUACCCUCAAUAUUGUAUCGUUAGUAUUAGGCCAACUAAAAAUAAAACCAUAUUUCUCGUCUUCUGCAUCAUUGUUUUUCGACCACCACACUUUUUUACUUGUGGUAAAACACCCAGAAUGUGUGGGACAUGUGCAUAUUUGUGGCCCUGUUUUUAUUGGUCAGUUGUCAAGUAAGUUAAUAAAUUUGAUUAUGGGAUUUAUCCUGGUUUCUUUGUACGAUUCUGGACGGGAAACAUGCUUCUUUUUUUGUGUGGCCUACUUUUUUUUUUUGUAAAAUACAAUGCAAUGUUGGGGUGGAAUGGAUGAUUGUAUUUUACCAUUAUCCAAUGAUUUUGAGUGUUGCCUUUUUGCAAUGUUCAAUAGUUAGAAGUACGUGUUUAUUUUGUAAAGUUGAUAUACAACAUUGAUUUAGCAGACCAAACAUUAAUUAUUACCGACUGACUGUAAAGCAACAAAUUCAAACCGAAUUUGAAUAUACAUUUUUUUAAUUUACAUUUUCUUUUGUAUGUCCACCUUGAUGAGAUACUGUAAUUGCAAAUGCAAAAAUAGUUAAUAUUGAAAAAAUAAAAGGUUUACUAAUAAAUUUGAAUGAUGAUCCGGUGUUUGAUAAGAAAUUUAGUAGCUGUGAGUUGUGUAAAUCUUAACACCACACCUUCAUCUCUUUUAACCGAUUAAAUAUUUAGUUUACCCCUGCUGGAA